AUGGCUGCCAAGUCCGAUGGCCGCGGGGUCAUCACCGGCUUCGCCCAGCUGCGCAACCUGGACGAGGUGGUGGGCGCCGGGGAGGAGGGGCCCGACAACAGCAGCUCCUUCCACAUCUGCCACUGCUGCAACACCUCGUCGUGCUACUGGGGCUGCCGGAGCGCCUGCCUGCACUACCUGCGGGCCAGGCGCAGGGAGGCGGCGCGGCCACCGCACGAGGAGCAGCGACUCUGGCUGGACUGCCUGUGGAUCGUCCUGGCCCUGCUCGUCUUCUUCUGGGACGUGGGCAGCGACGUGUGGCUCGCCGCCUACUACUACCGCAGCCGGGACUUCCUGUGGUCGGCCGUGACCCUCUUCUUCGUCCUGGUGCCCUCGGUGCUGGUGCAGAUCCUCAGCUUCAGGUGGUUCGUGCAGGAUUACACGGAGGGCGCGCUGGGCUCGGUGCAGGGGCUGAGUAGCCGCCGAGCCGCCGCCAGCCUGCAGCGGGACCGCUGCUGCCGACUGUCCGUGUGGCUCUGGCAGAGCGCGCUGCACGUCUUUCAAUUGGGACAGGUGUGGAGGUACGUCCGCACCAUGUACCUGGGGGUCCAAAGCUACCGGCAGAAGGAGAACCAGCGGCGCUUCUACUGGGCCAUGAUGUACGAGUACGCCGACGUCAACAUGCUGCGACUGCUGGAGACCUUCCUGGAAAGCGCCCCCCAGCUGGUGCUGCAGCUUUGCAUCAUGAUCCAAAGCAACAAGGCCGAGUGGCAGCAGUGUUCUUCGGUGUUGUCGUCCCUCCUGUCCCUGGCCUGGGUGCUGGCGUCCUACCACAAACUCCUGCGCGACUCGCGCGACGACAAGAAGAGCAUGAGCUACCGCGGCGCUGUGGUGCACCUCUUCUGGCGCCUCUUCACCAUUUCCUCCCGGGUGCUGUCCUUUGCCCUCUUUGCCUCGGUUUUCCACAUCUACUUUGGCAUUUUCGUGGUGCUCCACUGGUGCGCCAUGGCCUUCUGGGUCAUCCACGGCGGCACCGACUUCUGCAUGUCCAAGUGGGAGGAGGUGCUGUUCAACAUGGUGGUGGGGGUGGUCUACGUUUUCUGCUGGUUCAAUGUGCAGGAAGGGCGGACGCGUUUGCGGAUGGUGCUCUAUUACACCGUGGUACUGUUAGAGAACGCCGUUCUGAGCGGGCUCUGGUACGCCUACCGCGACCCGGCCACCACCGACGCCUUUGCCUCUUAUGCCCUCUGCAGCGUCUUCCUGUGCUUUGCCUCAGGUGUGGCCUGCAUGGUGCUCUACUACGGGGUCCUGCACCCCAUGGGCCCCCGGCUGAGGGUCCUGGCAAGCUCCUGUUGCGCAGAACUGCUCUGGGGGCUGCCGUUGCCCCCCGAGGCCGAGCCCAUGGCGCCCACGCCGGGCCCGCGCGGCUCUCAGGCCACGCCCACGCGGGGCCCGGCGGGCGAGCAAGCGGAGUCGGACGAAAGCAUCGCCGACUCCUGCCUUCCCGUUUUCCAGGUGCGCUCCGCCGAGCCGGUGGACUCUUCCGGCCGCCCCGUCCGCCCCGAAGGCCCCCUCAUCAAGAUAGACAUGCCUAGGAAACGCUACCCGGCCUGGGAUGCGCACUUUGUGGAUCGGCGCCUGCGCAGGACCAUCAACGUGCUGCAGUACGUGAGUCCCAACGCGGUGGGCAUCAGGUACAGGGACGGCCCCCUCCUCUACGAACUCCUGCAGUACGAAUCGUCCUUCUGAAGGGCCCGCCCCUCGGAGCCUCGGUCCACCUUUGUGAGACCUUUCACUCUUUUAUUUGGGGAGAAAUGAGCAAACCAAAACACACGGCAGAGCGGACGGAUAUCACAGGCCCAAUCCCGUUGGGCCUGUGGAGGAGUGUAUAGAUAACACAUGAAUGUUUCAUGAUGAAAUUGCUCUCAUGCAUUAUUCCGUAGAGCGACUCGCGUGAAGGGCAAGGCGGGCGAGGCGGGCAAGCCGGACGCUUUGCCGUCCGACACGGGGAAUGUUGGAGGAGCGCGUCAGAAGAGGGUGAUGGCCUUUUGCACGUCCGACUUUCACUGCCAUUCUUUAUGUAAAUAAGGCCAACAUUGAUCGUGUUUACCGAGACCCUCGAGAGGGGGGGGGGGGGGCGCCGCCAUCCCGGCCGUUGCUAUUUCUGCUCCAAAAUCCUCAAUCGUAAUCACAUCAUGUAUGGUGAGAGAGGCAAAGAGAAGCACACUGACCUUCAAUCAGUUCCACCCUUUCAUGAUAUCUUUUCAUUGCACAUCGCCCUCUAGUGGAGGAAAGGCACAAUUGAAAAGGGCCAUCAAUGUAGCUGAACGGAAACACCAUUUGAAACACAUUGCAGGUUGCGUCAUCGGGCAAACACGGCCGUCCGCGAACCCUCCACCAUUCCCUUCGCAUUUUUCUUUCAUUCUUGACAAAUGCUUUUUGCAUUGUUGACAAACCAUUUUCCAUACCUGUGGACAACGCACAGCAAGAGCGCUUCUGCAAGAAGCUCCUUCUCCUCAGUCCUUGUUGUGCCUUCUAACGUUCGGGGUGCUUCGGUCCAGGCCGGUCCGGUCCGCAAAUCGCGAGGCCUCCUCCUUUACAUAACCCGUGUUCCUCGAUCCUCGCCAAAUCCCAGCUGCUUUUCUCGCUGCGUUUGCUUUGGACCAGAUGACGACUUUCUUGAGACCCCCGACAACUUGUCGUCAUUCCUCGGUUUUUGUUGGCAGAUGAAGAAAAAGAACAAAAACAUGUUCAAUGCAAAUAAUGACCAAUCCACAGCCAAACUGUUUAUGAACUUCAUUGUUUGAAAAAAAACUUGAGAUGGUCUCGGGGAGGUCACGGAAGGCCGCCCCUGUGAGGAUAAAUUGGAAACCCGCUGGGUUAAAAAUUGCUCAACGCUCCGGUCAAUGAUUGUUGACCAUUUUUUUAUGCAUUUGCCAGUUUUCUUCCGCUUCCAAAAAAAAACCAAUCUGUCUGUCAGCAUAAAACAAAAAAGUGCUGUGCAGCAGCAGCAGCAGCAGCAGCAGCAGCAGCAGCAGCAGCAGCAGGGUGUGCUCUGAUGUCUCCGUCCGUCACAGCACAGGAAAAAGAACGAAUGCAUUUACAAGCUGGUGCUGAACCAACUCAUCCAGUGGUGCUAAUGCCAAGUUCACUUUUGGGGCUUUCUCAAGAGCAUCAAAACAAAAGAAAAAAAAAGGGAGACAGCCCAGAAACAACUAGCCGUGAUGCUCUCAAGCGCCAGCACCUCAAUCUACACACUGAAUCUACCGCAAAACUCUCGAUGGUGCCAUUUUUAUUUGCCACAGCUCGUCUUCACGUGGUCUUACGAUGUUCGCGGCAUACACUUGUUUUGUGUUUCUUUUUAUCUGGGACAAUGAGAAGAUGGAGUUCGGAGCACAAACUACAGAUGGAAAUUUCAAAAAAAAAAAAAAAAAAAAAAGUCUAUUAUAUACCUAGAACGUGAUUGCUGUGUUGUAACUUCCUGUCAUCUAUAUGUCCUUUUAUCUGUGUGUAUCUAAUUUUUAUUUUUUAAUAAUCGUAGACUUGGCUGUGACAUUUUAUCGGAACAUGGAUUUGAUAUUGCAACCGAGCAACUAUGGGUGUCAUGUCAAUUGCUGCUAAUUUACAAAUGGUUAUGAAAAAAACAAUUGUUGCUUUUCUUGAUAUUCCCUCAAUUUCCAGGUUGUGUUAGCUUGUGGGUGUGUUUUUGAGUAAUCUCUGGGUUAUAUGAUUUCCAUGGAUGCCAUAUAUAUGUACAUAUAUAUAUAUAUAUGACACGGUGUGAGGAUAUUUUGUGCUGGUUAAAUAUAAGUAUGAUUAAAUAAUUCAUGGGGAUGGGGAGAGAGGGGAAAAAAAGCAAGGCUGAUGUCCAGUA